AUGGAUGUAGGGCAUAUUAUCUUAGGUAGACCUUGGCUUUAUGAUUUGGAUGUCACCCUUCAUGGGCGAUCCAAUUCUUGCUCAUUUAUGUUUGAAGGUAAGAAGAUUGUGCUCAAUCCUUUGAAACCCAAGCCAAUCGAUAUAAGCAAGAAGACAGAAGCACCAAAGGCGAAAGGCCUAAACAUCAUAAGCCCAAAGGCAUUUGAAAAGGUAGUAGUUCAAAAAUCUAUUGUGUUUGUCUUAGUUGCCAAGGAACUUCAUGGAGAGACCCGUGAGGAGCAACCAAAAGAAGUGAAGUCAGUGCUCCAGGAAUUUAAGGAUGUUUUCCCUAAGGAACUCCCCAAUCAUUUACCACCCAUGCGUGACAUACAACACGCCAUAGAUUUUGUGCCUGGAGCGACCUUACGUAACUUGCCUCACUAUAGGAUGAGCCCUACAGAGCAUGUCAAGUUGCAAAGGCAAGUAGAAGAACAACUUAGGAAGGGAUUUGUUCGUGAAAGCAUAAGCCCUUGA